AUGGCUGGUGCACAAGACGAAGGAAAAUAUCAUAAAAGGGGAAUGGCUCCUUCACGCGGUGUAGAUGAUGUUCUGAGUGAGCUAUUAUCUCUGCAAGCAAAGGGGUUCCGAAAGCUGGCCGGGGAGAAAAGAGUAGAAAGUUAAGGCUUGGAAUUUCGAAAACACUGUGGAGUCAACGCAGAUCUUUUUGCGCGCACAGAAUGAGUGAGUGAAUAAAUCAGGAAAGUUUUUGCGAUGAGGACGUUGACCUCUCUAUGAGGAAGUUGACCUCCCUACCAUCGAUAAGGCUUGGAAGUUCUCCAAACAGGAAAGUCAUAGGUAUGCGAGGUACAUAGGUCAAUUGGCAACGAACAGCUAAGAAAAAUAUGCAGCUGCGAAGCAUAGCACAGUAGGAGCCGCAGGAGGAGCCUCCGGGUCAUCUUCAUCAUCCUCCUCAUCGUCCUCCUCCUCCUCGUCUGUGAUGCAGAUGAGAUUCGGACUCGAUGGCGCGCCGCCGGGGGUGCCGGCGGUGAUCAUCAGUAAGGAGCCGCAGGGCAUACCGCUGACCCUCGAAUAUAGUGGAAUCACGUGUGAGCGUCUCUAUCCGAAGAACGCUCAUAUUCGCUUAUGACUGAAACAUUUAAAUUACGUUUGUUAAAUCAUCAAACUAAUUAUUAAUUUUGAAAAAUAUAUCGUGACUCACGAAUAGUGUUGGCAACGCAUUGACCGAUGGUCCAGUGCAGAGUUUGAUAAUAAAUCAGAUGAAUCCGUGUAGAAGUAGAGUAUCCUGAUUGUGAAUUAACUUGUGAGAUGAAUUCAUUCACUAGCGAUGAAUACUGGUCCUCGGUCAAGAUGAGCAUCCUUGAGCUUAGUCCGAAAUGAGUAUUACUUCCUUAGGUCUUCGGCAGGUACAGUUUAUUUCUCCGAUAACAUAAGCAGUAUUUUGUCUAACAAGAAAAUGCGUCGCCACGUGGGAGAAGGCAUUGAAAAUAGCGAAGAAUCCAUCGUCUUCAGAGCAAGAGCGGCAAGCUGCAAUUUUCGGAACGUCUGCGCUACGCCACGCAUAUCUCGGCGAGCAGCCGCCUAAGAUCCACAAUAAGCGCCGAAAACUACGUCAAAUGAUGUUGAGAACCUGCUUCCCUGAAAAGUUGCUGUCCACAAAUAAAGGAGGAACCAAAAUGACCACGACGGGGAUCAUGACUGCCUCAAGAUUAAGGCUGUACCUUGAAACGUAUCUUUGGACGCAUCCUUGAAACGUAUGGAGGAGUAUCCACCUAAGGGAAUAAUAGACACUCUCCCAUAGAAGUACUUUUCAAUGUUGAUGCACUUGAAAGAUGAAUUACGGACAGCUCGAACAAGAGAAUCCGGAAUCGCAGGACGAGCGGCAACCACAGCUGGAAGUAGAAGAGAGGAGCAACGACAUCAAUUCGCACUCGAAGUAGAUUUAGAUGAUGAAACAAGUAGACAAAGGUGCUUCAUGAAUCAUGGGGUUGGGGACUCUUGCUGUGCUGUCAUGGUUUCCACCAGAGCCGAGGACCAUGAGGAGACCCUGAACAGGUUCUUCCGUUACUACCUUAAGGCUAGAAGAAAUCCAUCUUCACAGGCAUCCUGAGACCGUUUUCAAGGGGAGAAAGGUCCUCGGAUGCGUCUCAAGAUGGAUUUCUCUUAGUUCUAACUACCACGACGACACUAGUGAGCGAUCGACAAAGGCUCAUGAGCAAAUUAGAAGAACCUACUACCACAACGACACUCACACUAGUGAGCGAUCUGAAGCUCACCUCAAUCUUGGAGGAAAGAACGAGAACGAGAUCCCUGUCCGGAAACCACUUAUGGUGCUAUCUUUUCUCCUACUCCUGGCAUAACUAUGAUUUGAUGUUGUUCUCAGCACAUCCUCUAUAUGAUCCGGUACAUCUCAUUUAUGUUGACAUACCACGGGGGGGACCGUGCACGUGCAGCCCUAAAUCAUAUAUAAUUGCAGCGACCACCCUCCAUUGUUCUCUCCGCAUUCAUUGUACUUCAUUUUGAAGAGUACGUAGAUCAGCAUCAAUUAACUACUUCAGAAGCACAUCAAGCGAAAUAAAUCUUCAUGAACGUUUGAAAACAAGUUGAAGUUAAGUUGAGCUAGUCUGGCUAACAAUGACGACAAGGGUAUCCGUCACUGGAGUACGCGUCGUCGUGAUCGUUUUUUGCACAGAAUUCGGCUAUUGGAGGCAUACGAAUAUCAUGUCACGGAGGUGAGGAGACUUGCGAACAUGGAAUGCUGAGAGCCAUAGGACGAGCAUAAGCACACGUCAGUUCCGCGACGACGACCUCUGUCUAAAUAGAGCGCGACCUCAGUUCCUGACCUUAUCGAAGAUAUUGUCGAAUGGGCCGUGGACCACCUGGUCGCGAGCGCGCCAACGUCCUCUUUUCUGAUGAUUUGAAGAAGCGGGAAGAUUCUUGUACCAAUUGGCAAAUCCUGCAGAAGCUGCUUCACACAUCUUUUAGACCACUUCGUUGUGGCAGAGGAGGAUAGUGCGAGAACGGGAGAGAAUUAGUUCUUUCGGAACGGAGCUGGUACCGAUAAGAGUAUUGGAAAAUAGAAUAAUCAGCUCACUUCUGCAUGACUGCGAAAAUCACAACAUUAUUAUACAACACUAAGUAGAGUAGAACAGCUUUGGCAUCUUUGUAUUUUUAAAUUUUAGCCGUUCGUGUUGUUGACCGUCACGUGAAAAUUCACGACGAGCUGGAACUUCUUGGCUAUUAUUCUUGUGUUGGCUCGAUGCAACUACGUAACAUUGACAUUCGUAUAAGCAAAUAAUCAGAAUCUAUCAUGCAAUUUCUUACUUCUAUGAGUUCUUAUCGAAAGCGAAACCGAGGCAAACCCCUUCG